UUCUAGACAGUAUGGGCCAGGGCCAAGGCCCAAGGUUGGAGAUAAUUAAUAUUAUUCAAGGUUUUUUUCCAUGUGAGGGCAGGGCAGGGCAGUCAUGGAUGAAACGGAAUUUCGACGCCUUCUGGAUCUUUUCCCGGUUGUUCGGUCUCGCGAUUAUCAAGCAGAGUUGGAUUCUUCAAGAAAUUUAACUUCACGUUCGGCCGAGGAUGAGAGUUGGCAAGAUGCUUCGAAUGAAGAAGAUAAAAUGCAGCUGGAGAGUCAAGAUGCAUUUUGGCAGAAGCUGAAACUGGCAGCUGGGAGGAAGGUAAGUGCAGCUGAUGCAGAAAAGUUUUGCCAGGCUUUUCAACAAUUUCACAAGAAACUUGUCUAUGAAGGACUAAAUUUGGAUGUGGCUAGGAGCUACAUCAACUCAUCAAAUAGUUUGGAGGAAUAACUUUUUCCUGUAGGUGGCAGAGGGUCUCUUAAAGAAGAUAAUAGAAGAUUCUCCAAGUUAUUUAUUUGCAUAUAUCUGUUUCGGCUGUGUCAAUCCACCCAAAAUACUGCACUCUAUAUUACGUGUAUGAGAUGACCGUUUACUAGGACCCUGCCAACUCCAAAAUAGAAGAAACAACGUAUAGAAAAUGCUAUCGAAAAGUUUCAGUUCAAAAGCAACUGCACUAUCAUGCAGCCAAGUCACAUAUCUACAUGCAGAUGCAUCAAAAGAAUGGCUUGGGCAAAAUUAGAUGCCACUACAUAGCAACAAAAUCGGCUGCAUCAGACUUAUAUCAAUGGCACAUAUCCUCAAACUGAUCUGUAUACAUAGAGCUAAGCUCGAAACAAGUUUGAAACCCAAAAUUUAUUAAUGAAUCGAGCUUGAACAAAA